CUUCUGACUGUGAGUGUGAGGUGAGUUGAUUAACACGCUGUGCUAAUCAUUUCUUUGAAGACACAUUCUGUGACUCCUCAACAUAUUGUCACCUGAGAAAACCAUCCAGACCCCCAUCAGGACCAGGACCAAGACCAAAUGGCUGCUUCUCAGGGACCGUUGACCUUCUGGGAUGUGGCCAUACAUUUUUCUCCGGAGGAGUGGGAAUGCCUGGACCCAGCUAAGCGGAAAUUGUACAUGGAUGUGAUGUUGGAGAACUAUAGCAACCUGGCCUCUGUGGCUAUGUCAUCUGAAGAUGACCAGGCCCUUAUGCCAAAGUUCAGAAUACAAGAUUUAUUCACUGAAAUAAUACUGAGUACAUAUAAUGGAAAGAGCAGUUAUCAAUGGAUUAAACAUUGGAAAAACUUUGAGCAAGAGUCAUAUCUUAACCAUUGGAGAAGCAAGCUUGCAGAGGACAAUUAUAAAAGUGGAAAAGUCUUUGACCAAAUUUCCAAUCACAGUACAGGUCAGGUUAUUCCAAUUGUGGAGAAGACACACAAAGGAAGUCAAUGUGUCCAGAUUUUUCAGCAGUUUUCAAAUUACAAUGAACAAGAUAAUAUUCAUACUGGGGAGGAGUCUGACAAAUGGAAUCCUUGUACUAGAAUCUCUAGUCAGAUAUUCAAUACAAAUAAAAUGAAAAAAAUCCAUAGUGAAAAAAAACCUUAUACAUGUAAAGAUUCUGGUAAAAGAUCGAAUUGGCCUUCAGGUUGUAUGCUAAAUCAAAAAAUUCAUACUGGAGAGAAGCCUUACAAAUGUAAAGCAUGUGGCAAAGCCUUUAAAUGUCAUUCUUCUCUUAUUGUUCAUAAGGGAAGAAUUCAUACUAUAGCAAAAUUUUAUACACUCAAGGAAAAGGGAACAGGCUUUAGUCAAUCCUCAGGACAUACUCAACAUUAUAGAAAUGAUAGGGAAGAAAUGACUUAUAAAUGUUCAGAAUGUGGGAAAACCUUUAGCCGACUGUCAACACUUUGUAUUCAUCAGAGAAUCCACACUGGAGAGAAACUUGACAAAUGUAGAGAACUUGGCAAAGCCUUUAGGUGUUCCUCCUCCCUUAAACUACAUCAGGGAGUUUAUACUGGAGAGAAGCCUUAUAAAUGUAGAGAAUGUGGCAAAGCCUUCAGCCACUCUUCAUCCCUUAAUCAACAUCACAGAGUUCAUACUGGUGAGAAGCCUUUCAAAUGUAAAGAAUGUGGCAAGGCAUUCAGUUAGGAAUCAUCCCUUAAUUAUCAUCAGAGAGUUCAUACUGGAGAGAAGCGCUAUGAAUGUAGAGAAUGUGGCAAAACCUUUAGCCAGUCCUCACACCUUACUUCUCAUCUGAGAGUUCACCAUGGGGAAAAGCCUUAUAAAUGUAGAGAAUGUGCCAAAUCCUUUGGCAACUCCUCAGACCUUACUAAGCAUCAGAGAGUUCAUUCUGGAGAGAAGCCUUAUAAAUGCAGAGAAUGUGGCAAAGCCUUUAGUCAGUCCUCACACCUUAUAUAUCAUCAGAGAGUUCACCAUGGAGAGAACCCUUAUAAAUGUAGAGAAUGUGGCAAAUCCUUUGGCUUCUCUUCAGACCUUACUAUGCAUCAGAGAGUUCAUUCUGGAGAGAAGCCUCAUAAAUGUAAUGAAUGUGGCAAAGCCUUUACCAAGUCCUCAUCUCUUAAUUAUCAUCAGAGGGUUCACACUGGAGAGAAGCCUUAUACAUGUAGAGAAUGUGGCAAAGCCUUCACUGGGUCAUCAAACCUUACCAGCCACCAGAGAAUUCAUACUGGAGAGAAGCCGUAUAAAUGUACUGAAUGUGGCAAAGCCUUUAGCCA